AUGCAGCUGCGCCGCCCGGAGCGCGCGGGCGUGACGGCGUCGCUCUCGGGCCCCAGGGCUCCGUUAUGGACGCAACUUGAUGCAUCUGCUCCGCAGGACGCGCGCGCAGAACCACACAACGCGGCGUUCUCUCCGGCGGCGCGCUCGGGCCACGCCAUGACGCUUCUGCCGCCCACCGGUAGCGUGCUGCUCUUCGGUGGCGCCGACGGCCAGAUCUUCUUCGAGGACGUGUUUCUACUGGAGCCGGCGGGCUACGCGGGCUCAAGUUCUACCAGAUCCACGCGCGCGGCGAGGCGCGGCAGCGUGCGGGGAGAGGACGCGCCAGGACAAGCAGUCGACGUGCAGUGGAAGCGGCUUGUGGUGUCGCGCGGGACGUCGUUCAACGGCCAGUCGCCGCGCUCGCCCAUGUUCUCCAGUGCCGGGGCCAUUGGCUCGGGCGUGGAGCGGCGCGCCCCCUCCUUCUUGCACGCCGGGGGAGGGCGGGACUAUCACUCGAUGCACUACGUCCAGACCUCGGCGGCGGAGGAGCGGGCCAAGGGCGUGCGGGUGCUGGUGAUCGGCAACGUGGUGGUGGCCAGUGACGAAGUUGCAGCUCAAGGUGGCGCAGACACACAGGCGGAGGGGGGAGCUGGGGCCUUUGACGCGCCGACCUUGAGGGUGGAGGAGCUGAGAGUGAGGCAGCCGCUGCUGGAGGCCCAGUGGGAAGUUCGGCGCGUGGACGACUCGAGCAUGUGGAAGCCCAGAGCCAGACACGCUCAUAGCAGCGUCGUGGUGGGAGGAGAGCAGGUUUUCGUGUUUGGAGGGAAGGACGCCUCGAGCUCGACGUUUUUCAACGAUAUCUUCUACUACGACGCGCCCUUGAACCAGUGGGUGAAGCCGACGGUGAACCCGACGGGGCAGCUGCCGCAACCACGCGCGUUCGCCGGCUUGACGGCGAGUGAUGAUGGCAACACGCUGUUUCUCUUUGGCGGCACGGACGGGAAGCAAGAGUUCGGGUCGCUGUUUCUCUACGAUGUGGCCAACUCGCGCUGGGACUCGCUUGCGGGCGCGACGCUAGGAGACCGACCGUCGUGCCGGAUCAACCACUCGCUCACGUUUGCGGCUCCAAAUCACCUGGUGCUCUUUGGUGGGAGACGGCGAGCUCUGCGUCAGAAUGAACUCUACAUUUACAAUGUGAACACGCGCGCUUGGCGACUUGUUCAAGGCGGACCAGCUGAAGGACAGAGAAGCAGUCGCCGCAGAAGUAGCCAAACGGCUCUUGAUGAUAACCCCCCCACUGUCCGAACAGCACAUGCUACGGUAAUGUUUCGCCCCGAACCUGCGGGACCUGAAGCUGUGCAGAAGUUACUUGUCUUCGGCGGCUACGCUGGCUCGCAUCAGUGGCUGGACGAUCUGCACUUACUUUCCUUACCCCAAGCUGUGUUGAUGCAGCCGCCGCCUCCAAGCAGAAACUCCUCUCGAUCUAUUGCAGCCACUCAACGUACCCGACCGGCACGAUCCUCUUUCAACAAAAGCAGCGCGGCGGCUCGACUGGCUCUCUCAGCUCCUCAGCAACCCGUUCAAAUGAGUCAGUCUUCGCAGUCGGCUCGCCUGCCGCCAGAGGCUACCCAGUCAGAGGGCCAACUCGAACGGCCUGCCCCACCCGUCCAGGAACCCCCACCAGUCUCUCAAACAACGCAACCCCUGCAGGAGCCACCUCCAGAGACUGUUGAAUCAGACAAUCGGCCUGACACAGCAAAUGCAGAGCAGUCUUCGUCGUUACCGCCGCAGAACUCUCUGACAUCGAUAACGCCUGCCAGCUCUCCUCCUCGACAGCCACCACGGGAAAUCUCUCGAUCGGAUACACUGCAACGACCAACCACGACUUUCACCGGCAGUGGCGUCCUGACAGACAUCACCAACCAAUCCAGCUCCAACACACAGAAACAACAGCAACAGCCAGCACUACCACGCUCCUCAGGCACCGCCACUACGGGAGGGGAUGCGGCCUCCCCUGGUGCGGUAAAAAAACACAAACGCCGUCGACUUGUAGAGGAUAGCCAAGACAGCAGCAAUAGCAAUAGCGUGGGCAGCAGCGGGAGUGGGGAGCUGACUACAGCGCAGGUGGGGAUCCAGACCACGCUACUGCAGCUGCUGCAACACCAACCUCGAGUGGAAGACACUCUUGCGCGUAUACUGUCGAUGCUCACCAGGGAGCAAACUGCACGGCAGCAGCAGAACAUGAGUCAGGAGACGUUGAUGCGGAUUCACAGCGAGGAGCAGAGUAAGCGUCUCGAAGCUGCGAACCGGAGAAAUGAAGCAUUGGAAGGACGUCUCGCUCGCUGCGAAGCCGAACGGGUUUCGCUGCAGGAGAAACUGAUGGCACGCGAGACUGAGCUGUACAUGCACAAGCGCAGCCUCGAAGCAUCAAUUCCACCUCUGAACGAACGUAUCCAAGCCAUCGAAGCUUCCCACAUGCAGCAGCUGAACGUGUCGCGGGUCAUUGAAUCCAAGAUAUCGGCCGUCCACGACUUCAUGGAUGAACUGCGCAAUGCUGGCGUGGAAGGCACAGAACGCGACGACUCUCCUUUGCGACGUCAAGGGGCUAGAAUUCCCUUCAAGGACAGAUACGGAUCGUACAUUUUGACUGAUGAUUGUGAAGAACGCUCUAAUAACAAAUGUGUGCUUGAUGCCGUUAGCCGUCUUGACGACAGUGUGGCAACUCAGCCAACGCCAUCCCCACCGAAGCCGCUACUAUACCCGCAGCGUGUGGUCCUGGCACUGGAAGAGAAGAUUCGAGUGAUCCAGUCCGAGAAGGAGGCGCUCGAGAGCCAGGUCAAGGAGAUGACGGAGAAGUUGAAGCGUGUAGAAGGGAGAGAGGCACAGGCGCGGCAGUUCCUUUUCUCGUGGUGCCAGGGCGGCAACCCACCGAUGCCAGCUUGCAAGCAAGGUCAGUUGAGUCCGAGGCUAUGA